GAAAAGACAUCCUCCGGAACUGGGCCAACCUGGCGGCUUUGGGAUGGCUCGGCCGAGCCUAUCUCUCCUUCGAUUGGCUCUCAUGGCUCUGGCCGCAGCUCUUUCAGCUGUCGCCCUACGACGACGCUCUGAGCUUGCAAGGCUUCAAGGUGCAACUGGAGGAUGGUAUGGAGGAGUUCGAGAUGACUUGCACGUUAAAGGAGAGCAGUGUAUUAGCCCGGGGCCUUCCUCUGUGCUUCAACUUCCGCAUCGCGACUCGCGGGGCAGCGAGGAAUGAAUCCUUCUCUAUCACAGGUGCGAGCUUGCGCCGCAUCGGAUGUGAUCUCUUGGAGCGUUCCCAACGCGUGGAGCCAGUGCCUUGCAGCAUCUCGGCCUACAGCCUCUGCGAGCAGAUCAACAGCAAGUCGGAUGUCAAGAGGCUCUUGGUCGAGUCGCUGACGGAGACGAUUUUCGGGCCCUUGGCCCAAGUCGCCGAGGCAGCGGAGGCAAAGGCUGAGCUGGAGUCAAAGCAAGGAGGAGCCCUUGGUUUCAGCCCUCGCAAGGAAUUCUGGGCGCGUGAGGGCUCUGCCGAGAAGUGGCUGGAGUGUGUCAACGGCUACUACUUUGCGGAGGCCCUCGUCGAUGUGGUGGGCUUUGUGCCGGGCGGCGGUUCUGGCAACCAGGGUUUCAAGCUUUGGGCCUGCUUCCUACGCACCAUUCUCGCCCGGUCCUGGGGCCUUCAAUCAAGCUAA